AUGGCAUCAGUCAACUAUAAAGUACCACCUGUAUUUACUGAACAGAAGCCUUAUAGCAGAUGGAUUGAUGAAAUUAAAGCUUGGAAGGCCUUGACUGAUCUAGACAAAAAGAAGAUGGGUAUAGCGAUAGCGUUGUCACUUCCUGAAGAAGGACUAAAUUCCAUCCGAGAUAAAGUGUUUAGCGACUUGAGUUUAGAAGCCUUAAAUGCAGAUGAUGGAGUAGAUAAGCUCAUUGAAUUUAUGGACAAAAUAUUUAAGAAAGAUGAGCUAAGCGAAGCUUAUGAAGCAUAUUCUGAGUUUGAUAGAUUUAGGCGUAGUAAGGUUAGUUCAAUGGAGGAGUAUGUAACAGAAUUUGAGAAAUUGUACAACAAAACCAAAAAGUUUAAAAUGGAACUGCCACAGCCUGUUUUAGCGUUUAAAUUGUUAGAAUACUCAGAAUUAGAAAUGAAAGAUCGACAAUUAGUGUUAACCGGUGUCAAUUACGAGCAAGUAGAAUCACUUUUCAAGCAGAUGGCAACUUCUCUUAAAAAGUUUUUUGGACAGCAAGCUAGCAAAGAUAUGGGAGACAGAAUUAAAGUGGAAUCAGCAUGUAUGGCCGAUGAAGAGGUAAAUUAUUCAAGGAAUCGUUUUGGACGAGGUAGAGGAUACAGAGGGAAUCAAAGUUCAAAUAGAGCAGGUGAUUAUAGGCCACAAAGCAACUCUAAUUACAAAGCAAAAUUCAACAAAUCUGUCAAUUCAAAUGGACCUGAUGGUUUGCCACUACGUUGUCUCAGUUGUGAUUCAAUUAGACAUUUGGUAAAGCAAUGCCCACACUCUUAUGAAAAUAUGGCCAAGGCAAAUCAAGGUGUUGAAAAAGCUGUGUUGUUUACUGGAAAUAAGUCACAGGAAGCUCUUGUUCUUUUGAACGAAUCUGCCAAUUCAGCAAUAUUAGAUAGUGCUUGUACUUCCACAGUGGCAGGGGAAACAUGGAUGAAGUGUUAUUUAGACUCCCUAGACUCUUCUAUAAGGGAAAAAGUAGUGGAAAACCCAAGUGAAACUCUUUUCAAAUUUGGUGGAGGUACAGUUCUCCAAUCAACAAAGAAGGUUACUUUUCCAUGUGCUAUUGCAGGUGUUGAAUGUGAAAUUCAGGCAGAUGUUGUAACAAGCGAUAUACCAUUGUUGUUGAGUAAGGACUCCAUGAAGAAAGCAAAAAUGAAGCUAGAUCUUGAAAAUGAUAGUGCAAAUAUUUUCGGAAAAGAUGUUCAACUGCAGUGCACAUCAUCAGGGCAUUAUUGCGUACCAAUAGAUCAAUUGAAAGUUGAUAUUAAAGUUACAGCCGCUGCACUUGUAGCAACACAAAUGACCAAAGACAAAACCAAAAUCAUAGAAAAACUUCAUAAGCAGUUUGCUCAUCCAUCAGCUAAAAGACUGAAAACUUUGUUGAAAGAUGCAGGUGGUUACACCAAAGAACACUUAGAUUGUGUAGAUGAAAUAACAGAAGGUUGUGAUGUCUGCAAGAAAUAUAAGAAAACUCCAGCUCGACCAGUGGUUUCACUUCCGUUGGCCACUGAGUUCAAUGAAGUGGUUGCUGUUGAUUUGAAAGAAUGGAAACCAAACACAUACUUUUUGCAUUUAAUUGAUAUUGCAACAAGAUUUAGUCUGGCUACAGUUAUCAAAAGGAAAACACCAGAUGUCAUAGCGGACAAGAUAAUGUCUCUGUGGAUAGGGAGUGGAAUGGGACCUCCAAAGCGUUUCCUAGCUGACAAUGGUGGUGAAUUUGCAAAUGAAAUUUUCCGUGAUAUGUGUGCUAACCUAAACAUUGAUGUAAUGAAUACUGCUGCUUAUAGUCCUUGGCAGAAUGGUAUUUGUGAACGUAAUCAUGCUGUGGUUGAUGACUGUGUUGCCAAAAUAUUGGAAGAUCAACCAAAACUAAAUCUAGAAGUAGCUUUAGUAUGGGCUUUGAAUGCAAAAAACAGUCUCUCGAUGGUAUAUGGAUGGAGCCCGUAUCAACUUGUUUUUGGAACAAACCCAAACUUGCCAAAUGUGCUUAAUGAUAAACCUCCUGCUUUGGAGCACAAUACAGUCAGUCAGACAUUUGCCAAUCAUCUAAAUGCAUUGCACUCUGGUAGGCGUGCUUUCAUACAAGCCGAGUCAUCAGAAAGAAUAAGAAGGGCUCUACGUCAUAAAAUUAGAGCCUCUGGUGAAUGUUUUCAGCAUGGAGAUAAAGUUUAUUACAAAAGAGAUGAUGAUAAUAAGUGGAAAGGACCUGGAACCGUCCUUGGUCAAGAUGGCAAAGUAGUAUUUGUAAGGCAUGGAAGUAUAUAUGUCAGGGUGCAUCCAUGUAGGCUCAUCAGGUGUGGAACAGAGUUUAAUGAUAUGCCAUCUAAGCAACUAAGUGUAAACAAAAGCAAUGUACAACCAGUUAGAGAGAAAAUUCAUCAGACUGCAUUUUAUGAUAGUGAUGAUGAGGAGGAAAACAUCAAUAGAAAUGUGGAACAGAAUAUAGAGGAACAAGAACCUGUACAAAAUGAAAAUGAUCAUCAGCAAAAUAUACAACCUCCUCAAAUGCAAAAUGAUGACAAUGAACAAGUAGAUCAAAAUAUUGCACCUGGAGCAGCAUUUGAUAACAUUGAAGAGCCUGUAAGGCCAAAGGAAAAGAAAACCAAAGAUAUUCCACAUGUUGGAGAAAACAUAGUAUACAAAAUGAAAGAAAAUGACACAUGGGUCAAAGCUAAGGUUGUUAGUAAAGGUGGUAAAUCAAGUGGAAAAAAUUGGGCUUAUUUGAACCUUCAGGAUGAGAAUGAAGAUGCUCAGGUUGGCAUAGAUUUUGCCAAAGAUGUUCAAGAGUGGCGUACAGAACAAGAUGUAGAUGAAGUUAAUGCAGUUGUUGUUCCUCAAUCUAGGCAUAAUGAGAACCAAGUGAAACAUGCUAAACAGCUAGAAAUGGACAAUUGGAAAUCAUUUAAAGUUUAUGAUGAAAUUCCAUAUUCAGACCAAAAAUUAAUGUCAACAAGAUGGGUUAUUACAGAAAAAGAAAUGAAUGGAGAAAGAAAAGUGAAAGCUAGGUUGGUAGUGAGAGGGUUUGAGGAAGAAAAUGAAGUAAAAUCAGAUUCACCAACAGUACACAAAGAAAGCCUUAGGUUAUUUUUAGCUAUAGCUUCCACUUCUGAGUUUGACAUUCAUUCAAUAGAUAUAAAGGCAGCAUUUUUACAAGGUAAAGAAAUAGACAGAAUUAUUUUUGUAAAACCUCCAAAAGAGCUUUCUUCUGAUAAACCAGUAGCAUGGAAACUAAACAAGUGUGUUUAUGGGCUUAUUGAUGCCUCUAGGAACUGGUUUCUUAGUGUUAAAAGAGAACUUCUACAACUGGAGUGUAUUCAGUCUAAGAUUGAUCCUGCCAUAUUUUAUUGGCACAAAAACAACAAUCUUGAGGGACUUUUCCUAAUGCAUGUAGAUGAUUUUCUAUGGGCAGGAAGUGAACAUUUCAAAACGCAGGUUAUAUGUCAACUCAGGGACAAAUUUGAUUGUGGGAAAGAAUUAGACAGUAGUUUCAGAUAUAUAGGUCUUAAUAUUCAACAUGAAGGCAAUGAUAUAUUCUUACAACAACAUGAUUAUACAGAUGAACUGAAGCAAGUUGAUAGAGCUGACAUUAAGAAUGGUAUAUAUCCAGAAAUUGUUGGUCAGUUACACUGGAUUGCCACACAGAGUAGACCUGAUUUGUGCUUUGAUGUUUUGGAUCUUUCUACUUCUGUACAGCUAAGUGAAGCUAAGACUCAAUCAAAGUUGAAUAAAGUAAUCAGAAAAGCUAAAAACAAUUCAUACAGAAUUAAAUAUCCAAACUUAGAAAGUCUAAAGAACAUUGAGUUAAUACUCUAUACGGAUGCCUCAUAUGCCAAUUUAUCUGAUCGUGUUUCAAGUGCCGGUGGAUAUGUGAUAUUUCUACGCGGACAAAAUGGAAAAAAUUGCCCAAUUUCUUGGUCUUCAAAGAAAAUCAGACGAGUUGUUAAAAGUACUCUAGCUGCAGAAGCUUUAUCACUUGUUGAUGGACUAGAUGCUUGUUAUUUUGUAAGGAGCAUUCUUCAAGAAAUGAUAAAAUUAAAUGCAGAAGAAUCUAUUCCAAUCAAUUGUUUUACAGACAACAAAUCUCUGUGUCAAAACAUUCACUCAACAAAACUUAUUUCUGAGAAACGGUUGUGUUUAGAUUUAGCUAGCAUCAAAGAAAGUGUUAGUCUUGGUGACAUCACAGUCACAUGGAUUAAAACCAGCAGCCAGAUUUCGGAUUGUUUAACUAAAGCAGGAGCUGAUUUCCAUCCUUUGAUCAAAGUUCUCAGUACUGGGAAAGGACCAUGA